AUGAAAGGUUCUCAGUUUAAAGAUACAAGAUUUGAAUCCUUCUUUGGUCGACAUCAAUGGACCUAUUCCACCCCUGGGCCGGAGAUUCUAAGUACCACAGGGUUCUUCUUCAAUCCCAAUAAAAAAUAUCCCGAUAAAAUCACCUGUUUCCAUUGUAAUAACCAUGAAACUAAUGUUGAAAAUAUCCACAAGGUUCAUGAACAACACCUUCUAAGGUUUGAUUGUGAACUUUCUUUGAUCUAUAGUCAUAUCCUUUACUAUCAAGGAGAGUUAAAUGAUGAUGUAAAGAUGAAAAUUCAAGUUUUUGAUGAUCCCUUAAGUGAAGAAUGUAAGAAAAUACGAUUGAGUACAUUCAAGAAACCUUUCAAGUGUAAGAAACAGCCUAAAGAUCUUGCCAAUGCUGGUUUCUUCAUGAACUUAUUGGUGGAAGGUAUCAAUGAUAGAGUGGAAUGUAUGUAUUGUGGAGCUUCAUUAGAAGCUUGGGAUAAAAUUGAUGAUCCCAUCAAACUCCACAUUGAAUCAAGUAGUAGGCCCUGUUUAUUUUUGGAUUAUUAUAAACUUCAAACUGAUAAAGAAACAGCUGAAUUGAUAGAGAAUAGGUUCAAAACCAACAGAGAGUCUUUCAAUCAGUCACAAGAAGCUUUAAUAGUUGAUUCUCAGACAUCUAAAAUAGGUUCUCAGUUCAAAUAUGAUAGUGCAUUUUCUGAUGAUGAUAUUGAUGAUGAACCUUUCACACCCACUCAAUAUUCUCCAAUGACUCCUACUCAAUCACAAUCCCAAAAGACCCAAGAUUUUAGUGAUUCUGUUGAUGAACAAACUGAUAGUGAAUCGAUGAUUGAUUCUCAAGAUGAUUAUGGAUCUAUUGAAAGUAAGAGUAACCCAAGGUAUGAGAAAUUACUUAAGGAGAGAGAACAAAUGAAUGCACUUUAUGAUAGCGAUGGUGGUGUCAGUGAACCAGAUGUGAAUGGUGGAAAUAUAGAAAUUGUAGAUUCUUUGAGUGAUGAUAUUGAGGAAAGUGAUCAUAUGGAGGUUGACGAGAAUUCAUACAAAAAGGUAGAAGUAGAGAAGAAAGACACAAAAGACAAGAAAGAAACAAAAGACAAGGAAGAAAAUAAAGAAGAUGAAGAGGAAAUCUCCGAGGAUUUUGAUAUAGUAGAGGUUGAAGCUACCAACCCCGAAACCAAACAAUCUAAUGAUAAUGAUAAUGAUAAUGAAAAUAAUGACCAUAAAAGACCAAAAGGUAGGAAGACCAAACGGAUAGAUUUGGACCAGGAACAGAUUGAGCCAGAACCAAAAAAGAAGAAACCCACCAAAGGAAAUAACAAGCCCACUAAAUCUAAAAGAAAUACUGAAAUUCCAACCGAACCAGUUAGACGAAGUAAAAGGGUUAGAAACAAAACUAAUCAAAUCGAACAGCUUGAUCAAUUCAAAGUUUAUUCUCGAAACAAUUCGAUGGAAGUAACUCAAGAUUCUAUCGAGAGUUCUCAAGGUUCUGAGGUACCCCCUGAUUCAAUUGAAGAGUCUCAAGAUCAUGAGUUUCAUGAUCAUGAAGAUGAAACUUUCAGAGAACUGGAAGAUGAUACUAAGCAACUGGAAGAACCUGUUAAAGAGGAGAAGAAACCUAAAGAAGUUGAUCCCAAAAAAUUGGAAUUGCUCAAGUACCAGGAAACAGAGAAAAGAUUCAAAGAACUACUUAACUCUCCCCGUAAGAACAAGAAAAUCAAACUCAAAGCAAAAAAGAACAAUUUCAUUGAUACUUCUCUAGAGAUAGAUAAUUACAAUGAAGGGAAUGUAGAUUUCUUGGAGAAGAACUACAAGAAAUUGAAGUACCGUAUUGACCAACCGAAGAAUGAAAGGAUUGAGGUGAAAAUUCCUGAUGAAGACAUACUUGGUGAGAAAGAACUCAAGAUCAGUGAAAAGGAAACGGUUCUUGAAGAACCUUUAAAGAUGGAUGUUUCAGAGAUUAAUCUGUCGACUCCUCAGAAAGCCAAAGCGGCGCCACAGUCAAACCCUGUUGAAUUAGCAAUUGAUCGAGACGACAGUGAUUAUGAUAUGGGAGAUGUUUCACAAAGUGGAUAUGAAGAAGCCAUUAAAGAAAUCAGACGAUUGAAUGAAAGUAUUUCUUUGGUUUCAAAGGAGUUUGAAGAAUUGUUUGAAGAUGAAGGAUUGAACAACGAUAAAUUGUUGGAUAACCUUAGUGAUGUUGAAUUGAAGAGUGAAAGUGAAUAUGAGAUGGAGAACGAUGAUAAUGUCGAUUCUGAUAUCGAACAAGUGAUCAGUGAGAAGGAGAUUGCAAUGGAAGUAGAUGAUGGUGAUGAGGUUGAUUUUGAAGAUAAGGUUGAUUCAGAUGGUCUAGAAUCAGAGGAUCGAGGUAUUGAGGAAUCAGAAGAAAAUGAUCAGGUGGAAACACAACACUUGGAGGAGGAUAUUAAAGUUGAAACUCAGGAAUUAGAACCAACGAGAUCGAAGGAAAAUGGUAUGAGAGAAAGUUUGGAUGCUGAUGGAGAGAUUUCGAUUCAACAGGCCUCUCCAGAAGUUGAAUCGGUUGAAUCAGAAGUUGAGUCCGUUGAAUCAGAAAUUGGUGAAGUUAAUGAAGUUAAUGAAGUUAAUGAAGUGAAUGAAGUUAUUGAAGUUAAUGAAGUUAAUGAAGUUAAUGAAGUUAAUGAAGUUAAUGAAGUUAAUGAAGUUGAUGAAGUCAAUGAAGUUGAUGAAGUUCAACCAGAUAUUGAAUCAGAUAAAUCAGAUGAGUCGGAUGUUGAGUCUAUGAAUUCAGAAAUCGAAUCAGAAAUUGAAUCCAUUGAUGGUGAUAAUAUCAUUGCUCAAGGUUCAGACAUGGACACGAUGAACUUAGAAUUUGUGUCAGAAAAAUCACCAGAGACUGCUUUGCCAAAAUCAGAGGCUGUCCCACCUAAAACAGAAACUUCUUCAUCACCCAAAAGAGAGACUGUUACAUCACCUAAAACAGAGGUUACACGAUCUUCAUCCACCAAACACAAUGAUCUGUCCCUUCCUGAACCAAAAAUCGAACCUGCUGCUUACAAACCAAAGGAAGACACUUACUCCAAGUAUGAGAAAGAUGGGAGUUUCAUUGUAGGGAUUGCUCCAAGCAGAUCCCCUAAUAGAAAAUCCUCCAACAUACCCAUAUCCAAAGACUCGACAUCGACAAAAUCAUCUUUGGUUUCAGAUGGACCACCCAUCAAGUCUGAAGAAAUCUCCCUACAAGCAUCUUCGAAAUCUCCAAGUAUUGGUCAAGAGCUAACAGCAUAUGAUAAGAUCAAAGAGAAACUACAAAAUCUAACCAGUACUUUCGAUUACUUACGUGAUAUAGCAGAAAUCAAUUUGAACCUUAAAGAUGAUGUAGAUGGAGGUCUAACUCAAUUCAUUUCUGAAAUACCUCCAGAAGAAGAAGAUAUGACCAUCAAACAAUGGGUAGAACAUUAUGGAUUGAGUUGUAAGCAAUUUUCACGAGAUUUAUUCAAUGAAAUGAUUGAUUGUUUAACUGAAGAUUAUGAUGAAGCCAUUAAGUCCAUUGAAUCUCUUCCUACAAUUGAUUGA